UCUACAACUGGACCGGUACCGAACUGCAUUGUAGUACCUCGACGUCCACAGACACAACAACCAACUUGAUAGCAUAAGUACUAAUGGAAGCUACCCCAUCGUACAUUGACAGGGUAAUACGGGGUCAAGAUGAAGGGACUUCUGCUACAUGUAAUAGCAGUGAAUACAUGCGGCAAGGACACUUGCUGGCUCUGAAUGGGUACACCACUCUGCAGCAAACCUAUAAUGCUACCACCGGUAGCAGCAGUACCAAACGCAGACGCCGCAUUGACGACAAGUUCAUGGGAAUCACUGUGAGUGCAUUCUUGGCAUGGCAUGAUUUUGAAGAACGACGAGGUCACGUCUUGCCGCACUUGCCGCAGUUGAUUGGCGACGAUUGCGAUUUCCAUUGGACGCUGGAGAUUCGAGACCCAAAGUUUUCCCAAGCCGAAGCCAUUCGACAAGCCUUGGCGGCCACUGUUCAUUCUAGUAGUACGAAUCCGUUUGCCGUGGUGGGACCUCUCUUUUCGUCCGUCACCAAGACCGUCAAUACCGUCUUGGGAGGUGGAUUGGGUGUCGCUCAAAUAUCCGGUGAAGCCAUGUCGGAUUCUCUCAAUAGUGCUCCGCUCUUUGCCCGGACCAUUCCCAAUACACAAGUACAAGCCGAGGCGACCAUGGCCUAUCUAGUCGGACAGUUAGGGGUCACGCGGAUUGCCUCUCUCUUUUAUGUCGAUGACACGUACGGGGUCGAGUUUGAUGCCAAUCUAAACCGCGCGGCCAAGCAGUAUGCCAUUGACGCACAGCACAAUAAUCAAGGGAUCAGCACUGUCACCAUUCUACGAUUUGCCAUUCUACGAAGUAAACCCAAUAAUGGCAUUCUAGAAACACUGCUGGACCUGCAACAGUCGCAAGUAAGAUACAUUGUGGCGGCAUUGGAAGAUGUGGAUUACGCCCCGGUCGUGAAACAAGCACAUCAACUUGGAAUCAUGGGGUUGGGACAAUCGGAGGAUUAUGCCUGGUUCUUUCAAGGAUUCUCCGAUUGGACCGAUCCAGUCUUUGGACACAAAGAUCCUGCAUUAGCGAAAGCAUUGCACGGAGUGGGCAUUGUCUAUCUACAUCUCGAACAGAACAUUGCCCUCAAUACGGCCAUGAAACGAUUUCAAGAAGCACCCGCCUUGCAACAAAUGCUCAUUGCACGAACCAAAGAACCUGAGCAAUUCCAAAACUAUACCUUUCCAGCCAACAAGUUUUUGCAACAGUAUCAGUAUUACACCUACGAUGCCGUCAUCGCCCUCGGUCUGGCUGCCUGUCAAACUCCUGGAAACUUUACCGGAGAACAGCUGCAUCAACAAUUGUUGCAGUUGGAAUUUGACGGCGUCUCGGGGCAUGUCAGCUUUGAUCCCAUCACGGGGACUCGCACUGCCAACUCUUCCAUGGUACACAUUAGCAAUUUGAUUCUCUCCAACGACAACAGCAGUCGCAACAGAAUUGGUGGAAGCAAGUACUAUUAUGAUUCUCGUGUCGUGGCGGUCGUCACGGGCGGAAAUAUUUCUCUCCAAACCGACAAUCCAUUCGUCUACGCCAGCAACUCCACCAUCCCACCAGAUGUGUAUCCACCCAUGACCAAUCACAAUUACAAUCUGAUACCCACGAGCUUGCAAAUUGUCGGUCUCGCCAUUGCUGCCAUGAUAGUACUACUCUCCUUGGGAUUCAUGACUUGGACGAUUCGAAAUCGAACCAAGUUUGUACUCACUGCUGCCCAGCCCGUGUUUCUGGUACAACUCUGCUUGGGGACACUGGUCAUGGCCACCAGCAUUGUCCCCAUGAGUUUUCAAGGAGAGACAUCCACGCCCGCAUUAAAUGUGGCGUGCAUGAGCAUUCCGUGGUUAUGGAUUGUCGGAUUUGUCAUGGCACUGUCGGCCAUUGUCUCCAAAACAUGGCGAUUGGAACAACUCAUGGAGGGAGCACGCGAACUCAGACGGGUACAAGUCCAACCGGGGGAUGUCCUGAAACCGUUUGCCAUGUUGUUGGUCUGGUGCGUGUCCAUGCUCAUUGGUUGGACCCUUGUUGCACCCAACACAUAUCAGCGCAUCUUUCUGCACGGCUAUGAUGAAUUCGGACGAACGACGAGCUCCUACGGAACUUGCACUUCGACGGAUCCAAAACUGGCAUUCAUAUUCCAGGUGCUCAUUGGAUUGGGCAAUUUCGUGGGAAUCCUCUUUGCAUCGUUCGAAUGCUACAAAGUACGAGAUGAAUCCACCUACUAUUCUGAGGCACGUUCCUUGGGAUGGAGCAUGGCAAGUUUGCUCGAAACUGCAAUCGUCUUUUCUCCACUCUUGAUCGCCAUGAGGAGCAACCCGUCGGCAUACUUUGUAUCGAUGGCUGUCAUGGUGGCAAUUAUCUGCCUCUCCUUUCUAUUGCCCAUUUUCGUUCCGAAAAUACAGAGACGUGGUGCCAGUUAUCAAGAUGCCAAGGAAGACGAACGACGUACGAAGGAGCUCAACAAUUUACUACUGAGUUUGGAAAGCGGUGCGGAUUUGUUCGCCGAUGAUGUGAGUGUGGGCAGUCGUCGAGGCACGAUGCACUUGGUUCGACAUGAUUCUGAUGCAGGCAGCCAUUGCUCGAGCAAGAGAUCGCACAAGUCAUUACCGUUUGUUCGCCCGGGUCCGGUCGUUCGGUAGCCAAACAGCAACACAUGAUCCCCGUAAAAGUUGGCUGGAAACAAGACAGCAAGCAAGCAAGACGCACAGAGAGCAGCUCCAAGGUACACUAGCUAAAAGAGGGUAGUUAGUUGCAGCCACAGCUCGCCUUGAUGCAUGCAGCUGCAAUCUGAUGGUCCCUGCUGCUAUUUUUCGCUUACCUACGAAGCAAGGGUGGCCUCUACAGGUCUAGUUGGCUACGGCUGCGAGAAGCCAGCUAACCAUAGAACAUGACCCUUUCGGGGGAAAUGUAUUGCUGAAGUUGCUUCGGCUGCGGCUUGGCAGGAACAAACGUGAGAAUGAUUCAAUCCAUGACGAUGCAACCUUCAGUUUGGCGCGACCUUGACGCACUAAUGAUGGCCCAUUUGAUGGAUCUACGAGCGACGUAUCAUAGACAAGAGCGCGAUUUCAGAACAUGCACCGAAUCGAAUGAUGAAUCAGACGACAGGCCAAGCAAAGCGUGUGUUGCCAUCGUGGCAGCAGACCAUGCAGUCACAACCAACGGGUAGCCCUAUUGGCACUGCACCGUGAAAGCAAACAAUGAUCUUGUCUCGCGCCCACUUAUGCC